AUAAAACAUAAUGUGAAAACUGCGGGCAGAAUUUUGACUUUUGCCAAUAUAUAUUAAUAUUCUAAACUCUCUCCAAUUGGUAGUAACAAGGUAGUAACAAAGAAUAUAUUUAGUUUGUGUGUUUAUGUCGCACUUACACACUUCUUCAUCGCUCAAUUCAUCAUAACAUAUAGCUAAUCUCAAGACAACACCCAUCUGAACAGAAAAUUUAUUAUAAGAAUAGACAACUUAAAAAUAAAUCCAACAAUCGUUAUCUAAACAGCUUGCAACUUUUCUAGAAAUAUUCUAAUUAACAUAUAAUUGUGAUAAUCUCAAGAACUAUACAUUCUCUGAGAAUGGAAGUACAAGAUCUUAUUUUUAAGAAACAGGCGCCAUUGCCAAGAUAUCAAUGGUUUUUACUUCAAAUAGAAGCAGCAGAACCAAAUAACCACGAUUUGUUCGUAAACCGCUAUAAAAUUAAACAUAUAACAGAACUCUGUAACCCACCCAUCGACAACAAGAUAAUCCACCGUCAAGCGAAGUAUAUAAGCAAAGGACAAAUACAAUGCGGUCUUGUGGUACUGGUAGCAGAAGAUAAAAAUGAAAUCGAAGAAGAAUUAAAGUCAUAUACAGAUAUGCUUCGAGAAGAACUAAAAUAUUCACCAGAACUAUAUCCAAGCAGAUAUUAUUUGUUACAAUACAAAAAUGAUUUAAUAGUGGAACAGAGAAUAAUGCCAUCUAGUAAAAUAAAUUGGCCUAAAAAAAAAUCGAAAAUUAAUAUGAAUUUGGCUUUAGAUUAUUUCGAUGAUUUGUCAACAACUGACGCCAGUUUUGCCAAAGAAGACACAAUCUUAAAUGACGAAAAUAUUGAAUAUCUAGAAGAAAUGUUGUCGAUGAGGAAAUAUUUUAUAGAUCCCAUAUACAAUAAUAAUAAAUCUAUUAAUUUCAAUGCAAAUGAAGAAAUUCUGCUUGAGGGAAUAAGUGUAAAUGUUGAUAAAAAGACAAUACCAGCAAUUUUACUACAUAAACAUAACGAUCCUGGACCACUCAAAGCACAGCUUAAAUUAUGGGAGACCAAGUUCUUUCAUCAUUAUUUUAAAAAAACAGCAAAUACAGAUGUAUUAAAUACUACUAAUCCAUGGGCUUUAGUACAAUACAAUAUGGAAGAUUUACGUAUUUGUUAUCGCAUAUUGAAAUAUAGGGAUUUUAUAUGGUUUGCCCAAAAUUCUGAUAGUGAUGUUUUGAUUUAUUUUCGCAAGGAAAACGAUUUACAAGAAUGCACUAUUUUACGAUUAUCUAAUGAAAUUAAUGAUUUGGAGGCUAUACUUUUAGAAAUUAAUAACAAAACUAAAACACUAAAAUAUUCUUUACCUUUACACUCUGCUGACAAAACUGAAGAAUUCAAUGUGUCAGAUUCAGAUUCAGAUGAUCAAAUCCAAGUCAAACGCAGGAAGAUAUCCACAGGCAAUAAUGAAACUAAUGAAGAGAGCAGAAAUAUAUAUGGAGUAAGUGUAUUAGACAAGGGUAAAAACGUUGUGUUUACAGAGAACCAAAGUAAUAAUAGCAUAGACUUCGAUGAUAUCGCUAUAAAUAAUUUGAGUAAUAAUGACCAAUCUGAUGAUGAAUUCAGAUUAGUUAUAAACUUAAGUCCCAACUACGACAUGGGUUAGAAGACGCAAGUAUAUGUAUACAAAUAUUAUAAAAUAAGUAUAAUCAUGUACACUAAAUUCGAUAUUAGUAAAUCAUUUUAAAUGUAAAAUAUUUUAUUUGUUGUUAAUUUUA